AUGUUUGUUUAUUUCCUUCCGGGCUUAUUAUUUAUUUAUUUUAAGUUGUGAAUUAGUGUUUAUAGAAAAUGAGACGAACGUAUAGGUCUAAGAAAGACACCGGUGGUGGUGUAGACCGCAGAGAUUUGUUAUUAAACUUGGAUGAAAAGAGUACAGCGCAUGAUGCGUUCUUUAUACAAAAUAUCAAACAAACUAAGCGUGAAUUAUCUUCUAUGGGGUCAUCUAACGCUCUCGGAGUUGCUUCCAACCGUGUGCGAAAGAGGAAAUAUGUAAAAAGGAUAAUAAAAGAGAUUGAAACUCCUUGUCGAGAAAGUAUGUCCCGAUCGGCUUACUUGACUCCAGAUAAAUCUAUUCGUGUGAAUGGGAAACCUAUGGAUCCGUUUGAUAUGCUGCUGAAUUCAUCACCUGUAUGUCCCGUGGAAGCCCCACAAAGUAAGACUGAGUCUGUGACCAGCAAAGUGGAAAGUAUCGACAAAAUUGUACCUAAAAAAGAAGGAAAAACUUACACAAGAAGAAAGCCAGUAAAACCUAAAAAAGUUAAUUAUUCAACUAGUGACAGUGAUGAUUCUGACAAAGAGAAUUCAGAAGAACAAGAAAAUAUCACCACAAACAAUUCCAAUAUAAAAGCUUAUCAAUUCCUUAUAGAAAAUGAAACCAGCCACACACCAAAAACGAUUAAUGACUCUAUAAAUAAUAUAGUCAACAACUUAUCUCUAUUAAAUAAAUUGAAGCAGAAAAAUAGCUUAAACGAAUCUAUGAAAAGGCCUUUAAGCUAUUAUAAGAAUAGACUGAGUAGAAAUAUUCAAUCACCUAUAUUACAAAAGUCUCCAUUUUGCAGUACUCCGUUCAGAGCCAAGUAUAGAGGUGAAUCUAUAUACAAAUUCUCACCAAUUUCGGCUACAAAUGAUGAUAAUAGUCCAAAGUAUACUACAGUAGUUGAAGAUGAUGAUAGCAUAGUUUUUGUGGGUCAGAAUGACUCAGAUAGUCCUAAGAGCCCGAAAGAUAAUACUCAGGUAGAUGCUGUCGAUUUUGUUCCUAAUAACAGUAUUAAGAAUGAUGUAGAAAACGAAAUGAUACCUGAUAUAGAUACAAAUAUUGAGGUUUUAGAUAAAUCUAAAGUAGAACAUGAAACUCCUGAAGUAAUUAGCAAAAGCAACACAACUCCAAGUGUUGAAUUAAGUUCUCUACAAACUACAGAGGUAGAACCAUUUCUUGGGUUUUCUAAUCAUGGAGAUCAGGAAAUCCUUGCUGUUGAUAGUGUUCAUAGUCUAUCACAGUUAGAUGAAACAGUUAAUAGUAAUGUUGUGACUGAAAUACAAGCUAAUGAAAGCAUUCAAAAUAUGGACGACUGUGAGUAUGAUAGUAAUACUGAUACAAAUAAUGUAAAAGAAGAUAAUAAUAUGUCAGUAGAUUGUGAAAAUGAUGACAAAGAUUCUUUGUAUGACACAUGUAAUAGUGACCAAAGUUCUAUUGAAAAAAAAGAAGUGGUAAGAGAACCAAUUGUAAAGAUUCAUAGAAUGAAUGAUUCCUCUUUUAUGAGGUAUUAUGAGAAAAUGAGUCAUUUUGAUUCUGAAAGUGAUGAAUCUCAUGAAAUUUCGAAAGUAGAUGAAAGUGACGAAGCUAGUAGCCUAGAAGAAGAACUUAGUGAGAAUAAUAUAAGUGAAGAUGACGAAAUGAAUUCCCAAGAUGAUGAAUUUGCCAGUUUUGAAAAUAGUCAAACUUCAAAUGAGCAAAUAACUGCAAAUAGUUCUAGUACAGAUUUGAAUGAAGAGAAUAUAAUUGCAAAUGAGGCAGAUCAUAUUGAUAUAAUUUCAUCAAAUGAUGAUGAAGGAGAUGCAAAUGAUGAAGAGAAAUGCAUCAGUUUUGUUACAACAAGGAGAAGAAAUGAAGUCACAAACAACUCGAUAAUAUCUAUUUUUGAUGAUUCCUAUGCAUCAUCAAGCACUGAUUGUGAUAAGACUGUUCUUAGCAAUAAUAGAGUACCCAAAACUGAAAUUGUAGAUGAAGAGAAUACAUUAAUGGAUAUCAAUGCAGAUGAUAAAGCAAAUAGUGAUGCUGAUGAUUUAUUAGACAAAGUCCCUAUUGAAAUACAAUCAGCUGAAGUUUCUCAAGAGAAAGAAGACACGAGAAUAUCAUUUGUGACAACACGAAACAGCAAUAUUACAGAUAGGAAAAGUUCUAUAAGAACUAGAAAAAGUUCUAUGAGACCAAGAAGAGACACAGUUUUGAGUCGAACUAGUCUAUUACCUAGUGAAAGUAUGAGACAUAGUCCGGUUGCUUCAAGAACAACGUGUUUCGAGAAACCAUGUAUAGUACUCCAGCCCGGCAAGAAAUGGGAGAGGUCUCUAAGUAUUUACAGAAGAAUGACAAUGAUGAAUGAUCAUUUUGAUCAUUCCAUUCUUGAUGAUGAACCAGUUGAAAAGAAGGGUAGGAAAUAUAGACAGAGUGUGAUCAGCACUAUGGAGAUGCAAGAGUUAAAUGGUUCCCUACAUAAUGAAUCAAUCAAUAGUCGCAGAAGUACAUUUGUAUCUAAGCCGAGUCGAUCUACAAUUCGAAUUGUGAAAGAUCCUGAUAUUUCUAGACUUAGUCUAUGCAACACGACUGUAUUUGAUGACCUGAAAGGAUUCUUGAACGAGGAGUGUGAUGAUACUAUUAUCGAAUUAUCCAAACUCUCGAUCGCUGAUCAGACGCAUGAGGUCACUGUAUUAGAUACCUUCCAUGAUACUUCGAACCGUAUAGCUACAGCAAGGGAUUACGUGUUGCGUCGAUGCGGUCAAACAGACGCGAUACAAUUUGAUGAAUGCUAUCCGGAUACGGUGUUGAAAAACUGCCACAAAAUCGGCGAAGGGGUGUAUGGCGAAGUGUUUCUGUGGCGUGCAAGGGAUGGCCGGGCUCGCGUGCUGAAGAUUGUGCCCAUUGCAGGAACGCUCAAGGUCAAUGGGGAGAGUCAGAAGGACUUCCACGAGAUCAUAUCUGAGAUUGUGAUUGCUAUGGAAUUGAGCGCACUACGCGCUCCCAUAGCCGAAAUUAAUCGCCAUUUUGAUGAAGGGAAGGACGUUGAGGCGCUCGAUCUGCACGCUAUAGAGAAUGCCACUGAUAUAUUUAAUGAGGUGCUAGCCGUGAGGUGCGUAUACGGGAGCUACCCCGCUCGUUUGCUGGACCUUUGGGACCUGUACGACGAGUGCAAAGGUUCCGAGAACGACAACCCCGCCAUACUGCCGGCAGACCAGCAGUUCAUUGUGCUGGAACUGGCGAACGCGGGCCAGGACUUGGAGAGCUACCAGUUUAAUAACGCUGAACAGGCUUAUGCCUUGUUCCUGCAGGUUGCGUAUGGUUUGGCGGUGGCAGAGGAGGCGUUCCAGUUUGAGCACAGAGACUUGCACUGGGGCAACGUGCUUAUAGCGCCUACCGAGCAAAAGUUCGCAACAUUCGUGCUCCGCGGGCGUUCUCACCGGGUGCCUCGCUGCGGCGUGUCGGCCACGAUCAUCGACUACUCGCUGUCGCGCGUAUCGCUGCCGCUGGCGGGCGGCGAGAGCGCGGCGCUGUACAACGACCUGGCCGCCGACGACUCGCUGUUCGACGCCGUCGGGGACUACCAGUUCGAGGUGUACCGCCUCAUGAGAGAUAAGUUGGGAAAUGAUUGGAAGAACUUCGCGCCCUACACGAACAUCCUGUGGCUGCAUUACACUGUUGAUAAAAUGAUAACGGCCCUCCGCUACAAGAGGACAAACACGAAGAUUCACAAACACUACAUUGACAAGCUCAAGGGAAUCAAGAGUAGAAUACUAGAUUACGGCAGCGCGGCGCUUUUCGUGCUCACAGACAACGAAAUAUAAACGAACAAACUAUGAUAAUAUACAAAACAAUUUCAUAUGUAAAUUAAUUCAAACUAGUCUUUAAUAAUGGUUUUAAUAAACUGCUGCUAUUGCUAUAAAUCUGACAUGACAAUGAAUCGCAUAAAUUAUAAUAAUGUAAAUAAUGUUUGCUUUGAUAAAUUCGUUGAAAUGAUAGACGCUAAAAGAGUUAUUUACAAUGUUGUCGCAUUAUUAGAACAGUAUCAGAAAGGUGCCUUUUUAGAUAAGGUAGUGCCUUUGUUCACAUUAAUAAAUUCAUAUAUUGUGUUCCGAAAA